CAAAAGCUAAAUUUCAGAAAAACGACCAUGCCUAUUUUGUGAAGAAACCAAAACGCCGCGUGCAAGCUUUCUGUAAGAGAUAUUUCCUGCGUGGGGGGACCUUGAAAGAGGCCAUCAAAGCUCAGCCGCGCGCUCAGCCUAUCCCUACAGCAUUCGGCCAAAAAAUUGAUUGAUCGGGAUAAGAGGGUUCCUUUUGUCAUUCUAUAGUAUUGUCUUUGACCCUGGAAAAGAUUUUCCUUUGUUUUUCUUUUCCAUUUCCCUUUGGGCCCAUUAAGCCAUGACUGUGGAGAGCGACCUGUUUCCAAAUGAUCUCAUCCACAUCGAGACGACCUUUUCUACGUUUGGUUAUCUGGAGGCGAAAUUGUCGAAUCUUGAUCGCUUCAUGCAUGUCUCCCGGGCGGAGCCACGGGGAGUACGUAAUUGAUAAUGAACUGACACGUUAUGUCAAACGUGGAGAAGUUAGGAUCAGUAUAAGAAACCUCACACGAAGAACUGAUCAAAGCCAACCAUUUAGAGAAUAGACAUAGCUAGCGGAAGUUCACAAAUCGAAACAGAUCGAGAACAAAGAAAAGGAUAAUGGAGAAGCAGCAGGAGAAGAGGGAGAGAAAACCAGAGAAUGAAGAGAAGGGAAAGUUAGAAGGGCUUCCUCGGGAGGAAAGCCCCUACGUGAAGUACAAUGACCUGGAAGAUUACAAGCGUCAAGGCUAUGGUACGGAAGGCCAUCUCCAGCCCAAGCCUGGUCGCGGCGCUGGGUCCACCGAUGCCCCUACUCCCUCUGGUGGCGCCGCUGUCUCCUCCCAGGCGCCUGACGCUGCUGACACUCGUGCCAUGAACCGCCAAGGGGUCCCCUAACUUAAAUAUUUGUGAAAUACGCGUUUAAGAGUGAUGUGGAAGUUGUUUGGAAAAGAAAACGUUUGUAUACUUUUAGAAAAUAAUGUUUGUAAUUGAAGUGUAGUGGCGACCCUUAAAAAAAGAGUUUGUCAUGGGGCGACUUAUUUCGAGGUGACAAAAGCUUUUGGUUACGGCCCCCCAAAAAAAAAAAAAACAAAAAACAGCAACGUUUAACAUUUUCUUGUUUACCCACACAGCCAUAAUAUUUAUUCUUUCAAAAUUUUCGUUCUCUCUUC